AGCGCAUGCAUGCGUCCGCAGGAGCGCACGUUCAGUGGGACAGAGAUGGGCGCUCCUGCACCGAAACAAAGAAACGCAGGGGUGUCGGAGGGUGGGACGGGCAGGAGCUGAAGGCGUGAUGAGAACAGGGAUGUCGGUGCCGUCAGUUUCGAUUUAAGCCCGUUUUCUGCCUUUACGCAGGGUGGAGAGGCAGUCUGCCGGUUGGCCGUAAUCCGCUCUCGGAGCAGGGAAAGCCCCAUCCAGACUGAGACACAGAGAGGGAGGGAGAGUUUUAAGUCGGACUGGGAUCCAGAGAGUUGACAGGAGUCUUUGGUUAUAUUUGGAGCUUUUCUCCCCCUGCUGUGGAAGCUUACAUGAACUGAUUCAGACCCCGGACAGCUGGACCCAGGACGACAAUCAGCUGUCGGAAGUGAAGUUUUUAAAAUCCAUACAUGAUGAGUGGACCCACAAAUGUUCAGUUCCAGUCGGGUCUUUAUGGAGAAAACAACAACAGCAGCUCUCCUCUCACCAGCCGUGGAAAUUCUCCCAUUGUGUGCGAGCGCUGUAGGGAGGUGUGUCGUGGUGAGGUGGUUCGCGUUAAGAACACACAUUUCCACGUUCACUGCUUCACUUGCCAAGUGUGUGGCUGUGAUCUGGUGCAGUCAGGAUUCUUCCAUCACUCGGGGGAGUACAUCUGCACAGAGGACUACCAGCGUCUGUAUGGGACCCAGUGUGACAGCUGUGAUCAGUAUAUCACUGGGGAGGUGGUUUCUGCCCUGGGGAGGACCUACCACCCGCACUGCUUCGUCUGCAGCGUCUGCAGGAGUCCCUUCCCAAUUGGAGACAGGGUGACCUUCUGCGGGAAGAAGUGUGUGUGUCAGCAGUGCUCACACUCUCUGAGCAGCGACAAGCCCGUCAAGGUCCACGGCCCUAGCUACUGUGCAGGCUGUGGUGAAGAGAUCAAACAAGGCCAAUCUCUCCUGGCGCUGGAGAGACAGUGGCAUGUCAGUUGUUUUAAAUGCCGAACCUGUGGCUGUGCACUCACCGGUGAAUACAUCAGCAAGGAUGGGAUACCAUACUGUGAGACUGACUACCACACUCAGUUUGGCAUCAGGUGUGAGGGCUGUAACAGGUACAUCAGCGGCCGAGUGCUCGAGGCUGGAGGGAAGCACUACCACCCCAGCUGUGCCAGGUGUGCCCGCUGUCACAUGAUGUUUUUGGAGGGAGAGGAAAUGUACCUAACAGGUUCGGAGGUUUGGCACCCCAUGUGUAAAGAAGCAGCACGAUUGGAGAGAAAACUGAGGCUGAGACGUACGUCUGAGACGGCGUCCAUAUCACCUCCAGGCUCGUCUCCUCUCCUUGGCUCCCCGCACCGGCUCAUCUGUUCGAAGGCUGAUGGAGACGUCUUAGGCUAUAAGCAGCUAGCGGCUCUGCCCAGGGUCAAAGCCAUAUAUGACAUCCAGCGGCCCGACAUCAUCCCUUAUCAGGCUGACCAUGCACACACACACCUCUCAGAUGACGCUCUGGAGAGAUACAGCUGUGGACAGUCUUUGAGCUCCUUGUCUCCGUAUCCAAAUGAUCUUUUGGAUGGCGUGGAGCUGAGAACAAGGCGUUCCUCCGGUUCUGCCUACACUGACUCCCCUGCACACAGUCGCCAUGGAGGCUCCCCACUGCAUUAUUAUCUCCCCGGGAGUGAGAGUGGCAGGAGUUCACCAUAUUACAGUCAGCCAGAGCCCAGGUGUGCCACACCCACCACCGCCAUCUACCAAGCCCCCAAGCAUUUCCAUGUGCCAGCGUCUGAUGAAACCAACAUCUACAGGAAACCCCCCAUCUAUAAGAGACAAGAUAUCUCCGCCUCGCCGACAGCCACUAAGACCAAUGAGAACCUUGUCAAUUCCAGCCGCCUUUCCACUUCCAACUGCAACAGCAUUUAUCACCCAGACUCCAACUACUACCCAUACACCGGCUCUCCUAAAGUCUCCAGGGUCAGAAGGUUUUCAUCUGGUGGAGAGGAGGACGGAUGGAAUCACAAUGUAAACAGAGGAAUCGGCCGAAUGAUCCUGAAGGAGGAGAUGAAGGCGCGGUCUGGUUGCCACGACAAUGACCAAUGGGGGAGCAGACGCAGUUCUCGCUGUAGCAGCAAGGAGACGCUCAGCAAUCUGGGAUAUGGUUCCCUCAAUGGCUCAGCUGCCAGAUCCAUCUAUAAUACAGAUAACGACUCGUACAUCGCCAAAUCGGCGUCACUGCCAGGCUACGGAAGAAACGGACUAAACAGGCCUGGGAGUGCGAGUGCAGAUUAUUACCAGUAUGACAGCAGUAAUGCAGUUAAUUGGCAGAUCAGAGAAUACAAGAUUUACCCUUAUGAGGCCCUAAUAGUGUCCGUCAGAGGGCAACAGCGUCUUCCCAAAGAUGUGGACCGAUCCAGACUGGAGCGUCACCUCUCACCAGAGGAGUUCCACAGAGUGUUUGGUAUGUCCAUGUCUACCUUUGACCGUCUGGCUCAGUGGAAGAAGAAUGAACUGAAGAAACAAGUCAGACUCUUCUGAGAACACGGAGUCAGAACUGUCACAGUGAUGCAGGACGAUGUGCUUUAAAAAACAACAACAAAAAAACUACAAAAAGAAACAAAAAAAACAGCCAAGCCAUGGAAUCUGGUCCAGAAGAGGAACAACUGUCUAGUGUCUCAUCAUUUGAGGCGCCUUGGUUCUUCAUUCUUCAGUCUGCUCAGCUGUCAAUACACAGUGUGCUCUUGAACUUAUUAAGCAAUACUUAAAAGGUCAACCAAAAAUGUAGAAAAAUGCAAAGGGGAAGGAGUAUUUGAAAAGAGCCUGAAGACCAAUACAAACAGCAGAUGAGUCACACUGGAGCUCAACACAAGAUGAAUGGAAAAGGGACCUUCCUGCACUCUCAUCUUUGACCAGUAGAUGGCAGUGAGUUGACAUUAAGAUGAAGUUGACAGUUGAAGCACUGAGGGGCUGUCACAUCACAGCAUCCAGAGGGUGAAAAGCACUGCAACAGAUAAACUGACUGGCAGAUUGUUACAAGUAAAAGCAGCACAGGCAUUAUCCUUAGUGGCCCCUAAGCUGACAAAACAGACUGAGAGGGAAACUGGAGUCAGUUUCAAUGUCACUUUUUCUGAAGCCAUAUCAGUAUUUUUAAUUCUUCUCCAGGACAUGUACAAACUGUACAGAUCACUUAUGUGUUUUUUUUGUUUUCUGUUUUUUUUUUUGUUUGUUUGUUUGUUUUUUUUAAGUAUUAUAAUUGUUGGAUUGCUGGGUGCUUAAAUAAACUGUCCUACAUCCAAGAUCAGAGAUGUUGGUGAAGUUUAGGAAUUAUUAUUAUUUCUUUUUUCUUUCUUUUUUUUUUUUUUUUUUUAAACAACUCUUGCUUUAAAAUCAAAUCUGUGUUUCUUGGAAUUAUUUCUAAACUUAUUAAAAAAACAGCAACUCUCACUAGGAGCUGUAUUCAUAAACCAUUUCAUAAAUCCAGAUGAUAAUAAACCAGGUACAUAUAUAUUACAUGUUGGCAAUGAAGUGACUCACUUGAGGAUUUUCAUGGUUGUUGAGAAACAGCCUGAAUAAAGUGAGGAAAACAACGGUGUUAUACAAUUAUAAAUACAGUGAUAAGAGGACAGGAGGGAAACACAAAGUACUUAUAAAGACAGAAAUCAAGAGCUCAUAAUAAAAGGAAGAAUUGUGUCGAGAAGGAAUUAGUCUGUGAUAAAAUGUGUUAGAGCUCAGGUAGAGUGGAGUAAUACAGAACGUUCUGGAUUAUUUAUUUAAAAAAAAAAAAAAAAAAAGGUUGAGAGUGAACUAGUUAAAUCUUCGAGGUAGAAGAAACUCUCUACUUCAGGGACCUAAACUCACCAUGAUGUUUGUAUGAGUGUAUAACUUACAAAAAAAAAAAUAAAUCACUGAGCAAGUUUUGAAAGACUUGGGAGACAUUUAGAAUUUGCAGUUCUCAUCUCCACAAUUGUUAAAUAAAAGAGUCAAAUACA